CCUGACCAAGCUCGCAAGCUCGUGUCUUUCAAAAAACCGGCCAAAUCGUUAGAUUUGAAUUCGGAGUGGAAAAGUGGCCUGGAAAUUAAAAGGUUUUUGGUUUUUUUCGAGAGAUAAUCGACCAUUGUGUCUUUAUUUCAACUUUUCCAUUUUUUAUCAUCGCAAGCAAAACUAAUAAAUCUGCAUGGCAUGAUUGUCAUAAUUAGACUUACUUGGUAAUAAUCACAACUGGACUUGCCGGAAAUGAAGAUGCUUUGCCAAAUUUGAGCAGCAGAGUUCAAGGGUGAAAUUGAAAGUGUCCACCGAGUCGCUAUUCCCUAACAAAAAAGAGUUUGUCUGCUUUUCAAGUUGAAAAGCAGACCGUUUCAGUAUCAUUCCCAUCGAUAAAUUAAAUUUUUUGAUGUUAAUUCGUUAUUAGAGAUCUUCUUUCCCUCUAAAAUUGUCUGUUAAUGGUCUAUCCGUUACGCUAAAAGAAAAAUAAUUCGUAGCUCGAUUGUUUCCUAAUUAUCCUUUUUAUGUUAUUUUCUUUUCUUUUUUUUUUCAUUCAACAUCACCUGAUAAAGUUUUCAUUUCGUUUUAUUUUCAAAACACCUUGAAAUUGAGACUGAGAAUUCAAAAAAAAGACUUAGACUCACUGACUUAUUGUAUGUUGCCUUUCAUUUUUAGUAACUGCAUUAAACAAAGAAGCUAACUCGCGGCUAAAGCGGCCUUUAUAUAUAAUUUCCUCUUGUUGUUUUUGGUUUUAAUGGCUCGGUGGUUGGUAGAAAAAUCCUGUGGUUGUUUUCUCGACGAAUACUGAGAAAGGGAGCCGGAAUCUCUAACUGAGAAAAAAAAACACACAGGUACUGCGUCUACUUGUGCUUUCUUGGUUCAGCCGUACCUUCCUAUGCCGCUCUAAGCGUAUGAUCUACUACCUAGAGCCAAAUGAUUUAUCAUUGAAUUGCUUUUGUUUUUGGGAUAAGUUAACUGAAUUAAAAAUCACUUUAAACAGUCGAUUCUUUUCAUACAUGUUUUAGAUCCUUCUAGUCCUUUGUUUUGCUCUGGUUACACUAUCACCAUGAAGACCGCCUUUUCGUUUAUGAUGCUGACAAUUUUGGCAAUUAUGAUGACGUCAGUAAUAUCACGUGGCGUUUCGUCCCGUCGUGCCUAUAGAGGUAAGUUACUCUUGCACUCUAUUGUUCAAAGCGCUCAGAAUUGUACGAUAUGUUAAUGCCCUUAUGGCAUUUGAAAAUAAAACUGUUUCUUACUAACAUUACGACUUCAUUAAUUUGAUAAAGACAGUAUUUGAACGAAAAUAAUAUAAUACCCUUGGAACAAGCUUUCAGCUAUAAAACACGUUUAGUAAUUAUUGCUUGCAUCUUCCAAAUAUGGCAAGUGCCGGCUGGUUAUGGAGAAUUAGCUGGGGGAUUGAAGCCAAUCAGAAACGACGAAAUAUUUGAAAGAAAUUUAAUCAUCAGUUUCAUUUCUUCUUCCUUGGGCUUUUUUCUAAAUUCUCCUUUCAUUUUCUUUUCUCUCUUUCUGGGAGUGUUCAUGGUUUGUUAGAUACAAGUCAAUGUGAAGAUUGUUAUUGAUUUCUAGCUGGAUUUUUAAAAAACGUUACUUUAAAAUUGCGGCUCUUUCGUCCAAAGUAGCCAAAACUAAAACACUAAGAUUACAAUCAUUGCUUUUUUUUCUCUUCUCCUCUCUUUUGUCUCCACGCUCCCUUUAUCCAACAUUUGACAAAUUGAACGACAUAGAAUAUGGUGGAUGAAUUUUGAAAAAGCGUGAAUUCACUUUUUAAGAGACGUUUUCGCCAAAGUCGUCGUCUUUGUUGCGUAAACUCCUUUGAAAAUAAAAGAAACGAUUCCGUUAAAUCAAAUACAGUCCCAUGGUUGAAUUCGAACAGAACCAAACCAGUUUCUCGAACAACCUCACCAAAAUGGCCACUCAAGGCUGCUAGCACCAGGCCCUUAGGAUUGUAUCGCGAGCAGAUAGCUCCCUUCUGGGGUCGUUCGCUCACUUCGGUACCGCAAAGACUCGACUCGACUUCUUGCAGUCUGUCUUGACGGAGUAGCACUGAAAAAUUACCUUGCUUACUUACGUCUUCACUUUACAAUUUCAGAGCUUCGUGCAAGAUACUUCAGAACAAAGGCUGAGUUUGACAGACCCGCCUACAUGAAUGAACCAGCCGAAGAAUGCGGAAAGUGCUUUCCACAAUGCUAUCAGGUAGGGGACAACGGAGAUCAGAUUAAGACGUGUGCGUCAGAAUGCCACUGUCCAAAGAAACGAAAUGUGGACGUUUACUUUGACGAACCUUUUAUGGACGCUAAGGAUCCAGAAUUUUGUGGAGAAUGCUUUCCUCCUCCUGGCGGAUGUUAUCAGGAUGGUGACAACACAGACCAGAUAACCACCUGUCUUGAUGAAUGCAAGUGUGUUUAG